CCGCCGCCGCCACCGCCGCCCCCGCUCGUGCCCAGCCCGCUCUUCGCACUGCCCACGCUCAACUUCACCGUCUCUCAGGUGGCGGCCGUCUGCGAGACGCUCGAGGAGUCGGGCGACAUCGAGAGGCUGGCGCGCUUCCUGUGGUCGCUGCCGGUGGCGCACCCGGACAUGGGCGCGCUCAACCGCUCGGAGGCCGUGCUGCGCGCCAGGGCCAUCGUGUCCUUCCACGCAGGCAACUUCAGAGACCUGUACGCCAUCCUGGAGCAGCACAAGUUCGCCAGGGAGUCCCACGGCAAGCUGCAGGCCAUGUGGCUCGAGGCGCACUACCAAGAGGCGGAGAAGCUGCGCGGCCGCCCGCUGGGGCCCGUCGACAAGUACCGCGUGCGCAAGAAGUUCCCGCUGCCCAGGACCAUCUGGGACGGCGAGCAGAAGACGCACUGCUUCAAGGAGCGCACGCGGAGCCUGCUGCGCGAGUGGUACCUGCAAGACCCGUACCCCAACCCCACCAAGAAGCGCGAGCUGGCGCAGGCCACCGGACUCACGCCCACGCAAGUGGGCAACUGGUUCAAGAACCGGCGCCAGAGAGACCGCGCCGCAGCAGCCAAGAACAGAAUGCAGCAGCAGCAGCUGGCGGCGCAGCUGUCGUCUGCGCACGCGCACGCGCACGCGCACGGCGGCGGCCACGUCCCCGCGCACGGAGCGGCCCGCCGCUCGUCCGCCCCCCAGCAGCAGCAGCGGCAGCGGCGGUUUGAUGAAACAGAUUUUAUUAAGGCGGCCUAA